UCGCCGGGGCCGGGGCCCGGGAGGCUGAGGCCGCGCCGCGCCCGGGACAUGCGGCCUCCCCCAUCGCCGCGGAGGAGGAGAUGAGGCUCCGCAAUGGCACCUUCCUCACCCUGCUGCUCGGCUGCCUCUGCGCCCUGCUCUCGCUCUCCUGGUACGGGGCCUUCAGCGGGCACAAAGGUGAGGUUGUGGAUAUCUAUCAGCGAGAGUUCCUAGUGCUCAGAGACCGUCUGCAUGCUGCUGAACAGGAGAGCCUAAAGCGAUCCAAGGAGUUGAAUCUGGUCCUAGACGAGAUAAAGAGAGCGAUCUCUGAGAAGCAGGCCCUACGGGACGUAAACCGGACAUGGAGCAGUUUAUCUGAUGAAACCAAAUUAAAACUCUGGAAUAUCACCAACAAGAAUGUGCUGCAUCUUCCCACCAUCUUUCAUCAUUUGCCACAUUUGCUGUCCAAGGAGAACAGUCUACAACCAGCUGUGCAUGUGGGACAGGGACGCACUGGAGUGUCUAUAGUGAUGGGAAUCCCCAGCGUGAAGCGAGAGGUGCAUUCAUACCUUACGGACACCCUGAACUCGCUGAUCUCAGAGCUCACCCAGCAGGAAAAGGAGGACACUGUGAUUGUUGUUAUGAUUGCUGAGACAGAUGAACAGUAUACAACUGGAGUGGCAGAAAACAUCAAAAACUUGUUCCCCAAGGAAAUACACUCUGGUCUCCUGGAAGUCAUUUCCCCCUCUCCACAUUUCUAUCCAGACUUUUCUCGCCUCCGGGAAUCUUUUGGCGAUCCCAAGGAAAGAGUCAGGUGGAGAACUAAACAGAACCUAGAUUACUGCUUUUUAAUGAUGUAUGCCCAGUCCAAAGGCAUUUACUAUGUGCAGCUCGAGGACGACAUUGUAGCCAAACCAAACUAUCUCAGCACAAUGAAGAACUUUGCUCUGCAGCAGCCAUCUGAGGAGUGGAUGAUCCUGGAAUUCUCACAGCUUGGGUUUAUUGGAAAGAUGUUCAAAUCACUGGAUCUCAGCCUGAUUGUGGAGUUUAUACUCAUGUUCUACAAGGACAAGCCCAUUGACUGGCUCCUUGAUCACAUCCUUUGGGUGAAAGUAUGCAAUCCAGAAAAAGAUGCGAAACAUUGUGACAGGCAGAAGGCGAACCUGAGAAUCCGCUUCAAGCCCUCACUCUUCCAGCACGUGGGAACCCACUCCUCCUUGGCUGGGAAGAUACAGAAAUUGAAAGACAAAGACUUUGGAAAGCAAGCCCUGCGAAAAGAACAUGUCAACCCUCCCGCAGAGGUGAGCACCAGUCUGAAAACCUACCAACACUUUACCUUGGAGAAAGCCUACCUGAGAGAGGACUUCUUCUGGGCAUUCACCCCCAUGGCAGGAGACUUCAUCCGAUUCAGAUUCUUUAAACCACUCCGCAUCGAAAGAUUCUUCUUCCGCAGUGGCAACAUUGAACACCCUGAAGACAAACUCUUCAAUACGACUGUGGAGGUUUUGCCCUUCGAUAGUCUCCAGUCAGAUAAGGAAGCCCUGCAGGAGGGAAGAGGGACAGCGUUCAAGUACCACAGGACAUCAGAUGGCUACAUACAGAUAGGCUCCUUUUCUAAGGGUGUUGCAGAAGGAGAAGUGGACCCUUCAUUUGGGCCUCUAGAAGCCAUCCGUCUGGUCAUCCAGACUGAUUCUCCAGUGUGGAUCAUCUUGAGUGAGAUUUUUCUGAAAAAAGCAGAAUGAAAUUCCCAGGACGAAGGGUGGAUGCACAAAGGAGUUGCUCAGUCCCUUUUCCCAAUCUUCUGCUCCCUUUUAUUCCCUUCCCUCAGUCUGCAAACAGUGUGAGUGUGUUGCAUGCAGAGCACUACCACCUGCUGCAAGCCAGGAAG